GAGAAAUCACAUAUCGCAAUUACACUUAAAAAGAAAAUGGUGUCGAAAUGACGAAUCGCAUUAUACAUGUAUCGGCUAUAUUUUUUCUAGUGCUCGUUGAUAAAGUUUUCCCUCAAGUGACACCAUGCGCGGGCGGCACGGUAGGGGUUGACCCCGCCGCUUACAGUUCCCGUACCUCUACCUAUGGUGCUAACUCUGCCUUCCUCAUCGAGGAUCCUCUCUAUCAGAUCACAUGCUGCGGUGCCAUUACGUCAUGGGAAGUUUCCACAUCCGGGUCAGGAAGAAUCACAUUACAAAUCUGGAGAAAAUUAUCUUCAAAUGUAUACCAGCUUCUAGGACAAAACGUGUUCACCGCAGGAUCGGGAACCUUUUCUCCAACUGACAGAAUAAUGGUUCAGCACGGGGAUUACAUUGGAUGGUAUAGCAGCGGACCUUCUGUUAGAUAUGAUACAGGCACUGCUAUUUUGAACAGAGUUAAGGCCACAAUGACAGCGUUACAACCCGGUGACCUUCAGGACUGGAGCACUGAGUCUCCUGAGGGCGUGUCCAGAAAUUACGCUAUUAGGGCAACAGUUUCAGCAAGCUCGGUACCUGUUUUCAGUGGUAUACCAAGUUUAGUUACUUUUCCCGAAGAGACACCACAAGACACAGUUGUCCAUUCUUUGACCAUCACGGAUGCAGAUGCUACAGACGUCAUUACACUUUACACGAAAUCUGAAACGUCAGGGUAUUUUACUGUCGAUACCACUACCUUUCGGAUAAAGACAACACAGGACCGAAUUCCCUUGGGAUCGAACUACAUAGUUGAGGUUAAGGCCAUUGACAGCUGUUACAAAGAGGCCACUGCCACGGUCACGUUCUCCGUCAGCAACACGGAUAUAACGAUGUCUUUUUCAUCGACAACAUCAUCUGUAUUUGAAAAUUCUACCAGUGAGGAAUGGUUGUCUGAUGUCAUUGUAUCAGAUCCAAUGAAUGAUUAUACGUGCUUCCUACAGACUACCAACGUUCCGUUUACAGUAAGACAGAACAACACUGGAAUUCAGAGUUUCAGUCUGUACUUGCAAAAAUGGCCACAGCUGAGCGCUUCGGUGACAUCUAGUUAUACUUUGACGUCACAAUGCACAGAUGGAGUCAACACCAAAACAGCCAUACACACCGUGUCAGUAAUUCCCAACACCAAACCCGCUAUCACUAAUCUCGGGGGUGGAGUUACUGUGACGUUAGAUGCAAGGACAGUGUUGAUUGGCCACUUUGUAUACAACGUAUCAGCUUCUGAUAACGAAGAAGACGACAUAACGUUUUCAUUGAUUUGUACUCCAUCAGGAUGCCCCUUUACCAUUUACAACAGCGGUGCCAUAUUGUUGACGUCACGCCUGAUCACCCACAGUCAAUCGUCGUACACACUUACAGUGAGCGUUAGUGAUAGCUAUACACAGACAGCAGACAGCAGCUCACUUAGCGUGUCCAUCACAAACAGGAAUACAAAUCCAACUAUUUCCAUACCGCGGCUGACUUAUGUCAACGAAAACUCUCCCUUGGGACAAUCGGUGCUGUCAUUAGCUGUCUCAGACGCGGAAUCAAACCAGCUGUCAGUACAUGGCAUAUUUACUCCUGCCAACGGAAUGAAGUAUUUUGAUAUUAAUCCAGCAAAUGGGGUUGUAACAACAUCAACAGUACAUUAUAUCGACUACGACAUACUAUCAACAAAAGACAUCGUUCUAGUGGUCUGCACGUCGGACGGCAUUGCUGCCUCCUCUCAGACGGGGACCAUAAGAAUUGUCAAUAUCAACGAACCUUGUUAUUUUACAGAGGAUUACUAUAGCAUUAUCAGGGAGGAGGGCAAUAGCCAAUCUACAUUUCCUCUUCCGGAAUACAACGUAAUAGAUCCUGACAACGGUGAAACGUUCACAUUUCAGAAAACGUGUGGUAAUCCAUACGACAACAAGGUCUCAAUCAACACCAACACAGGACAAUUUUCUUUUCUUGGAGAUUAUGAUCUAGAUAUUCCAGGAACGGUCACAACUUUCAACUGCACCCUUACCGUGACAGAUUCCGGCGGAAAUACAGACACUACUAUUGUGGGCGUGUUUGUUCUAUAUAAAAACGAGUUUGCACCAACUUUCUCGGUAUCGUCCGUAACUUUGACUCUCCAGUCUCACGAGCUGAUUGGCUCAAUAUUGACAAACUUCACUGCGCAUGACAGUGAUCUUUCCUCGCAUGAUGAUGGAAAAUUUUAUUAUAGUUUAGACCAAUCUUCUAACUCGGGUGAAUAUUUUGGAAUUAUGACAAACGGUAGUAUCUACAUAAAAGAAGAUUUAUCACCUUUGUAUCUGGGAAGAACAUUAUCAUUAACCCUAACAGCAAAGGAUUACGGAAGUCCCAGUCGACAAAGUUCUGUAGCGAUUACAGUCCAGAUUCCCCUAUCGACUACCAUUACAAACAUAUCACCUACAGAGAGAGCCUUACAGUUUGAAAAUAACACGGGGAACUCAGUUAUACUAGCUCUAGCUGCAUUCUUAUCUGUAGGAAUGUUUAGUACAAUCGUGUACAUAAUUCAUAAAUAUACAUUACGAGGGAAACAGAUUUGCAAAACGAAAAAUACACAACAACUUUCUACAUCUCGAACACCAAAACUUAGAAAUUCUCGCAAAAAGUCUAUAAAUAGCAACGAUAUCAAAGAUAACAGGAAUGUAAAGACAACGGAAGGUCUAUGGGUACAUUGCUGUAAUGGCCUGCAAAAUCUUUUGCGAAACCGAGAAAUGUUCUUCUUCCAUUCCAUGAUUGUGUAAAAGGACGAGCAGAGGAAUGAUUCAAAAAUAUAUGGCAGGAUUGAGAAUCUAACCCAUGACCCGUAGUCUGGUACUCUACCCACUGAUCAAUCCAUGCUGAUGGUCCAUCUGCUACAUUGAUGUCAUCUUAUAUAUUUAUUUAUUCAUUUAUAUCAUAUGGACAUGACAGUAAAAUAAAAAAAAGUUUGAUAUUCAGCAAAAUAGAAUUUGUUACAAUACAUGUUUAAGAAAUUAAGUACAUGUACAUGCAUUGUUAUGCAUACAAUUAUGUACAUGUAAUUAUAUUUGUUAAUAGAUAAAUUUUUAGAUGAAUUUUCAUUUUGUUAUUGAUAUUAACAUGUACAUGUAUUACUUCCAUUUCUAGAAUGAUUUUAACAUCUUGAUAUUAAAAAGAUGACAUAAUAAAUAAAUCUUAAAUAUUUGUCAACAAA